AUGCCGGAGGGGCUGUACCCGCCUCUGUGCGGUACAUCAGUUGUGAGCCCCCGUGCAGACAAGAGCCGGGGUCGGAGCCCCUGCGGAGAAUCAGCCCAUUCUCCUCUCACGCUCAUCCCAGGCAGAUUCCCAUCCUCCCGGAAACAUAAGCCACCGUCAUCCAUAAUUCAUCAGGUGCCAAACUUCAUCAUGGAGCCACCUGACACCCGGGCUGGGUGCUCCACCCUCCUCCCAGGGUGGGAAAGUGCCGGGUCUGGGCGUCCCGAGGGGCCGCGGAGGAAGCGCGUCCGGUUUGCUUGGCCCCAGGACUUUCUGCUCACCAUUCCCCUCCCACUCCUCUCUGCAGGCUCAGCGUAUUAUGAUAAUGUCCGUCCCUUGGCCUACCCGGACUCAGAUGCUGUGCUCAUCUGCUUUGACAUCAGCCGCCCGGAGACCCUGGACAGCGUGCUCAAGAAGUGGCAAGGGGAAACUCAGGAGUUCUGCCCCAACGCGAAGAUUGUGCUGGUCGGCUGCAAGCUGGACAUGCGGACAGACCUAAACACGCUCCGGGAGCUUUCCAAGCAGCGCCUCAUCCCUGUGACGCACGAACAGGGCAGUGCGCUGGCACGGCAGAUUGGGGCAGUGGCCUAUGCAGAGUGCUCCUCCAAGGUCUCGGAGAACAGCGUACGGGAUGUGUUUCAUGUGACCACGCUUGCCUCGGUCAACAGGGUGCACAAGAACUUGAAGCGCAGCAACUCCAAACGGGGACUGAAGCGGGCAUCACAGAUGCCUGGCAGGACGGACUUACUCAAUGACACAGAGAUCAGGAAAGACCGAGCCAAGAGCUGCUCCAUCAUGUGA